CCUAAUAAAAGCAUAUGACCGUAGACGGUAGAACUGAAUGCCACUCAGUAUGCAGGUUCUCAGUAGAAAUCUAGUGCGCAAAUUCUCCCCCAAAUUAUACAACCAGGUGAUAGCGAGGGGAUUUUCUGGUAGGAUAGUACACGAUGUGGGACAGCCAACAGCCAACACUCAUCCGCAGAUAUUGACGGAAGGGGAGAUUACUCCCGGAAUAAGCAGUGAUGAAUACAUAUGGAGGAGGAAGAAGUUGUUGCAACUACUUCCAGAGAAUGCUUUGGCAAUUUUUGCAUCAGCCCCGGUUAAGAUGAUGACCGAUGUCGUGCCAUAUACUUUUAGACAAGAUGCUGAUUAUCUCUAUAUUACUGGAUGCCAACAGCCAGGCGGCAUUGCAGUUUUGGGUCAUAACUGUGGUUUGUGCAUGUUUAUGCCAGAAACAACACCACAAGAUGUCACAUGGCAAGGUGAAACAGCUGGAGUUGAUGCAGCUCUAAGCGCAUUCAAGGCUGAUGAAGCAUACCCUAUAAGUGCAUUGAAUAAGAUCCUAUCAAGUUGGAUAGAGUGCUCAUUCCAAUUGUUCCAUAAUGUGAAUACGGCUAACUCUACUUAUGUGAACUUGGAAAGCUUCCAAAAAGCCGUUUCCAAUGGGAAAGUGAAAGAUUUCGCAGUUCAUACUCAUGAAGCAAGAUGGAUAAAAUCAGAAGCUGAGCUUAAAUUGAUGAGAAAUUCUGCAUCUAUAGCUUCUCAGGCACUCCUGCAGACAAUGCUGCACUCCAAAAUAUUUCCUAAUGAGGGAAUGCUCUCAGCUAAGUUUGAAUACGAGUGCAGAAUGAGAGGUGCCCAAAGAAUGGCCUUUAAUCCUGUGGUUGGUGGGGGUUCAAAUGGCAGCAUCAUACAUUAUGCUCGGAAUGACCAGAGAAUCCAAGAUGGGGACCUGGUUCUGAUGGAUGUAGGAUGUGAGCUCCAUGGUUACACUAGUGAUAUUACUCGUACAUGGCCACCAUGCGGCAAAUUUUCCCCAGCACAGGCAGAACUUUAUGACCUUAUAUUAGAGACAAAUGAAGAAUGUUUGAGACUUUGCAGACCAGGCACAACUAUUCGAGAAAUUCACAACUAUUCGGUUGAUAAGCUGCGAAAAGGAUUCCAAGAACUUGGAAUAUUGAAAAGUGACCAACCUCAUGGUUACCAUAUGCUGAACCCGACCAGUAUAGGUCAUUAUCUAGGAAUGGAUGUCCAUGAUUGCCGCACAAUCACAUAUGACCGCCCUCUGAAGCCUGGUGUUGUGAUCACGAUUGAACCCGGAGUUUACAUCCCUUCCAAUUCUAAUGUUCCCGAGAGGUAUCAAGGCAUUGGGAUAAGGAUAGAAGACGACGUUCUCAUCACAGAAUCAGGAUAUGAGGUACUUACUGCUUCAGUGCCAAAAGAAAUUAAGCACCUGGAGUCGUUGCUCAAUGAUUUGUCUUAUGGGACGGGGAUGGAAAAACAUAAUGCCGUCUAGGGAUUUUAGUCGAGCACUCUGAUAACUCAGCAGUCUUGCUGCUGGUAGACGAAAUCAACUCAAAUACUGCAAUGAAGGUGGAUUGGUUCCACUCUUGUAGCAUUAUUGGUUCGAAAGGUUUAGCCCUCUUGAUUUGGUUAUAUUUUACCUUCAAUGGCUCUAAUGUAUUUCUGCUUCAACAUGCUUUUA